CUUUCUACCUUCGCCAAUGAGUUGGGGACUUUUGGCAAGGCCAUUGAGGAUAUGGGUCUAUCCGAAUACAAAGUGCUUUUGUCAGCUGCUCAGGUUAUUAAGGAAGCGAUUCCCGAAAUUCAAUCAGUUGUCGUGAACGUCUCACAACUUCGAAUGGCAUUUGAAAAUGUCCAAAAUCGAAGGAAUUUGACAGAGUCCAUUAACGCUCUCAUGGCAGAACUAGAGGAAGUCAAGAAGAUUGUCAGCAACGACGACACACUGCUUGCACCCGUGCCAGGUAUUUACCAAGAUUUGGUCAAGCAAUUCCUGGCUCAACUGCAGAUCGACCUCAGUGACCAGCAGUUCUCUCGCCUGGGCAUCCGCAACAACCCUCUCGAGGAACAGGCCAAAAAGCUGGCUAUGGGCAAUCGAUACGUGCCGGAACCAAGAUUCUCCGCAGGCCUGCCUCCAAACCCCCGGCCGCUCCCCCACAAUGGCGUUAGUGCGUCCGACCGCGCGGUCUUUGGGAGGACUUUUCAACCUUACUAA